AUGGCCCCGAUAACGCACCUGCAGACGCUUGAAGAGUGCAACAAGCUCCUCGCGAGCAAGCGCGCGUCCCUCGUCGUCAUCGACUUUCACGCUGCGUGGUGCGGCCCAUGUCACGCCAUCGCCCCCGUCUUCGAGAAGCUCGCGGCUCAGUACCCGACCGUCGUCUUCUGCAAGGUCGACGUCGACAAGGCCCAGGAGAUCUCGCGCGCAUACCGUGUGACGGCCAUGCCGACGUUCGCGUUUGUCAAGGGCGAGCGCAAGGUGCACGAGGUGCGAGGAGCCAACGCCAAGGCACUCGAAGCCGGCAUCAAGCAGUUCAGCGCCGACUCGACGGGCACAGACGGCGCCUUCCCCGGCGGCGGCCAGACACUCGCCGGCACGGCCAUCCCGACCGAGGUACCGCCAGCCGAGCGCAACUACACCAAGCUCAUCCUCAUCUUCCUCGUCGCCGCCUGGUGGGCCUACUCGCGAGGCCAGAAGUAG